ACUUAUAUGUAUUUAAUGUAGACUGUGGUUAACUUUAACAUUUAUUGGUACUAUUUUACAAAUGGUGGAUGACAAUCAGUUUUAAGUCAUGUGGAAUGAGAAAAAUUUUAGAUUUACGUGAAUUUUGUAUAAAAAAUCAUAUGUGAAGAAAAUAUUUCUUAAAAAAAAAUAUUUAUAUUUUCCUAUUAUAUUUGAUCAAAUAAAACACAAUUCUUUUGAUAAGAAAAAAUUACCAGAAUUGUUUCAUUGAAAGAAAUUUGCUUUAUAAUUUGUAGAUAUUUCAUUUAAGGACAAGAUUAUUGGAUUCUAAUAAAAUUUUAAAAAUGGAGGUGGAUUAUAGUAGCAAUUGUGAUGUUAAAAUUCCAGAAUGUAAAAAAUUAGCAAAUGAAGGAAAGUUACAUGAUGCUUUGGACCAAUUAUUAGCAUUAGAAAAAUUAGCACGAACAAGUGCAGAUGUGUCAUCUACAUCACGAAUUCUUGUUGCUAUUGUUCAAAUUUGUUUAGAAGCAAAGAAUUGGGCAGUAUUAAAUGAACACAUAGUAUUGUUGUCCAAAAGACGUUCUCAAUUAAAACGAGCUGUUACAGCAAUGGUUCAGGAAUGUUGUACUUAUGUAGAUAAAAUGCCUGAUAAAGCCAAAAUUAAAUUGAUAGAAACAUUACGUACUGUAACAGAAGGAAAGAUAUAUGUAGAAGUUGAAAGAGCAAGACUUACUCAUCGUUUGGCAAAAAUCAAAGAAGAAGAUGGAGAUAUUUCAGGUGCAGCAGCUGUUAUGCUUGAAUUACAAGUUGAAACAUAUGGUAGUAUGUCACGUUUAGAAAAAGCAUCUCUUAUUCUAGAGCAAAUGCGAUUAUGUUUAGCAAAAAAAGAUUUUAUGCGCACUCAAAUAAUAGCUAAGAAAAUUAAUGUUAAAUUUUUUAAUGAUGAAAAUGAUGAAGAAACACAAUCUCUUAAAUUGAAAUAUUAUGACCUAAUGAUGGAAUUGGCUCGUCAUGAAGGUUGGCAUUUAGAAUUAUGUAGACAUAAUCGAGCAGUAUUGGAAACUCCAACAGUUAGAGAUGAUCCUGAAAAAAGACAUGCUGCACUUUCACGAGCUGUUCUGUAUCUUGUACUUGCACCACAUGAACCAGAACAAGCUGAUUUGACCCAUAGGUUGCUUUCUGAUAAACUUCUUGAUGAGAUACCAACAUACAAGGAAUUAUUACGACUUUUUGUAAAUCCAGAACUAAUAAAAUGGUCAGGACUUUGCGAAAUUUACGAAAGAGAUCUUAAAGCUACAGAAGUUUUUAGCCUAUGGACUGAAGAAGGACGUAAGCGCUGGACCGAUCUUCGAAAUCGUGUUGUUGAACAUAAUAUCAGAAUUAUGGCAAAAUAUUACACAAAAAUUACAUUGACUCGCAUGGCUGAAUUAUUGGAUUUACCAGUUGAAGAAACUGAAGCAUGUCUGUGCAGUUUAGUAGAAACUGGUGUGAUAAAUGCCCGUACGGAUCGUCCAGCCGGUGUGGUUCGUUUUACAGGAACCCAAGAGCCGGCUGCUCUUUUGGACGCAUGGGCUGCAUCAUUAUCAAAACUAAUGAGUCUUGUCAAUCAUACAACUCAUCUUAUUCAUCAAGAAGAAAUGUUGGCUGUAGCUCAAUCCUGAAAGAUAAAUUUUCACUUUUUCUUUUUCCCUAUUUGUUUUCUUCUUUCUUUCUUCUUUUUGUAUCAAAACUUGUUUAAUUUUCUUCUUUAUAUAAUCCUUUUACAAAAGUUAUUUCCAUAAAACGACUGCACAUAAAUAAUUGUACACUUUCUAUAAAACUUUAAAAAACUUUAAAAAAGCAUUUAGAGUUGCUUUUGGUCUGUUUUUAACACGUGUACUAUAUCUUAAAAAUAAACAUUAUGCGAAACAUAAAA